UAUUGCAGAAAUAAGUUUUACGGCGUUGAAGUAGGCUUUUUUCAAAGGAAUCGUCGGAUAAGGAAACAGAAUAUGUCGGUAAACAAAGCUAAGAAAGUAAAAAUGGCUACCAAAUCAUGCCCUGAGUGCGACCAACAGAUUCCAGUUGCUUGCAAGUCUUGUCCCUGUGGCUAUGUAUUCAUUAGUCGCAAGCUUCUAAAUGCCAAACUGAAUGAGAGAUCACCACCAGCAAUAGACAAGUUGGAUGCAAAGAGGAGGAGAACUGAAAGAAUUCGCAGAGAGAAGAUCAACUCUCCAUCAACCAAUGACAUGGAGAACAGAAGGCGAUGCCGCUCCAACAGCCAAUCGGAUCAGAUCCGGAGAGGGCGGGGCAGGCCAAAGACAGUUGGGCUGAAGAAGCAGGAGGAGGAGAAAGAAAAAUUUGAGAAAGAAGUUGAUAUCUAUGCCAACCUCUCAGAUGAGAAAGCAUUUGUGUUUUCGGUGGCAUUGGCCGAGAUCAACCGAAAGAUCCUGGGCCAAAGACUGAUCUUAUAGACAGACCAGAUGGUUGCUUUGAGGGACUGACAUGUGAAACCUAAGAAUGUUACUGUGGAGAAACCCAUGGAUGACCACCACAGUGUGUCUAACAGGGUAUGAACUCUGACCCAUGAACUCCCUGCCGGAUUGGUCAAAGCCUUGGGAAAAUGGAGAUGUUGGGGAACAUUGAGAAGCAGGCACCUGGUCUGCUCAAGAGGAAAUGUUGGAACCAACUUUUAUCUUUAGAGUAGCUUAUGGAAUUGGAGGGGGUAGGACAUCUGAAUAUUUAUCUUUUAAUCAGAUUUUAUAUUAUAUAUAUAUAUAUAUAUAAUAUAUAUAUAUAUAAUUUAUAUAUAAAUAAUUUAUAUAUGUUAUUUUAUAUAUAUAUAUAUUAGAUGAUAUGGUAUAGGAUUCAUCACCUUGUAAACCAAGAAAGCUGUCGGUAGCAAAACAUUUCUAUUAAAAAAGGGCAUAAAUAUGUUGAAGCAUGGAGGGCCAUCCUAGCAUUGUAACUGGCUUCUAUAAUGUUAUUGGCUUGUAGUGCUAGUAAACAUUGUUUAAGUCUAGAUGCCAUUGCAACAUAAUGUUCAAUAUAUUUUGUAUCAUGCUUAAGACUUUGGGAGAAGGCCUUGCACAUUUAUAUUUAUAAUGCUUGUGUACCAUCUUAAUUUAAAUGCAUAUUGUUUUGUAUUUUGUUUCAUUAUUGGUGACAUUAUAUUAAAUAUGUCAUAUUUGCUUUGGGCACCUGUAAUUUAAAUGUCAACGGCAAAUCCUCUUUAAUGUGACUUAUUUUGGUCAUUAAAAGAGACGAAUCACAACCACCACUGUCAGAUGUUGGGCCUUAAUGAGCAAAUAUAAGUUUUUAUUUAAGA